GUUAGAAAUUUAUUUUUUUGUAUUAUCCGUACUUAAAAUUGAAGCAAUUUAAACCUCACAUGUGAGAUAAGUGGACCUUGUAUAUUGUCUGUGGAAACUCCGAUGACUUUGCAGAAGGUGAAGCAUAUAUCGGAAUGCUUUGUCAGGUCUCAGCACGACCUCUCACAGGAUAGAAAGCGACCCAUAUACUUCACGCCCUUUGAGCUCGUCAUGCUCAAUGCCAACUACAGCCAAAAGGGUCUCCUUUUUGCAAAACCACCUCCGGAGAAUCAAGAUUUCUUCAUAGCCGCUUUCUUGGAUGACCUCCGCAGCUCCCUCUCCGCCACCCUCACACAUUUCUACCCUCUUGCCGCCCGCUUAGCCACUCGAAAAGAAGAAAACCCGCCUUCAUAUGUCAUAUACAUAGACCCUGAAAACAGCCCCGGGGUCAAGUUUGUUCACGCAACCGUGGACGUAACUGUCUCCGACAUCCUUACUUCAACUGAUGUACCGUUAGUUGUUCAUUCAUUCUUCGACCUUAAUGAUGCUAUAAACCAUGAUGGUCAUACACUCCCGUUGUUAUCCAUUCAGGUGACCGAGCUUAUAGAUGGAAUCUUCAUUGGCGGCUCAGUAAACCAUCUUGUUGCCGAUGGAACAUCAUUCUGGCAUUUCAUGGCUGCUUGGAGUGAAAUAUUUAGAUCUAAAGAUGAAAAUGCUUAUCUCAUCUCCCGUCCUCCGACAAUCAAAGGAUCUGAUACUAUAAUAAAUCUCCCUUUUACACAUCACGAUCAAUUCAUUUCAAGAUCUGAAAAACCACAAGUUAAGGAGAGAUUCUUUCAUUUCACCUCGGCUGCAGUUUCUAAACUCAAAGCAAAAGCAAAUGAGGAAUGCAACAUGCAAAAUAUCUCGAGUUUGCAGGCGGUGUCCGCACUUUUGUGGAGGUGUGUAACUCGAGUUAGGCACCAACCUAGUAAUAGUGAAACUACUUGUAAACUUGUUAUUAGUAACCGGAGUAGGAUGAACCCACCUUUGUCGGAUGAUUAUUUUGGCAGUCCGAUUGAUAGUGUCAGCGGAACGGCAACUGUUGAGGAUCUAAUGGCUCACGGGCUUGGAUGGGCGGCUUUGAGGAUACAUGAAGCGGUGACAAACCACGAUGAUAUAGCAGUGAAAAAAAUUGUUGAUUCAUGGUGUAGAAACCCGGUAGUAUACAAACCGAAUGCACUUUUCCAUCCGAACACUACACACAUUGGGAGUUCACCAAGGUUUGACAUGUACGGGUGUGAAUUUGGGUUGGGGAAAGCUGUUGCGGCUAGAAGUGGGUUUGUGAACAAAGCCGACGGUAAAAUGACAAUGUAUCCUGGUCGGGAAGGUGGCGGGAGCAUGGACGUUGAAGUUUGCCUAUUGCCGGAAUAUAUGAUGGCUCUUGAAUGUGAUGAGGAGUUUAUAAGUGCUCUAAAAGAGUAACUAAAUGGUAUAAAAGUAGAAUAAAUGAAUGCCGUGUGUAGUUUGGAUACGAUAAGUUUGUAUGUAUGUUACGUAACACUCAUUUGUUUUGUGUGGUUCGAUAAUUAACAUAUUGAUCUUC